AUUCCUCCCACUCCUCCUCCCACUCUCGGCUUUGACGGCAACAUGGCGUCAACAGCCGAUUUUGACGACGAAGCCAUCGACGACGAACACUUCGAAGAUUCAGCUUUGAUCUUCCCUCCUGAGGUGCAAGAAGCCAUCGACCAGGUUUUACCUAGUAACGAUCCUCUCGAUCGGCCGGACUUUAACCCUGUCGACUACAUCAACACGCUUUUCCCCACGGAACAGUCCCUGGCAAACAUUGACGAUGUGGUUGGCAAAAUUAGGCUGAAAAUCCGGAAACUGGACGAAGAAAUCGGUACGGUAGUUCGGGGUCAAACCAAUGUUGGAGAAAAUGGGCGGCAAGCUCUUGAAGAGGCUCAGAAAGCAAUUCAAGAACUUUUCUCCAAGAUCAAAGACAUAAAGGAUAAAGCAGAGAAAUCUGAAGAAAUGGUGAAGGAGAUUACCCGUGACAUCAAGCAACUGGACCAUGCGAAGAGACACCUUACAAGUUCAAUCAUCACUCUCAACCACUUGCAUAUGUUGGUAGGGGGUGUUGAUAGUCUUACAACUCUGACUCGCCGCCGUCAGUACCUCGAAGUGGCAAACCUCCUCCAAGGUGUACUCAACGUCUUGGAGCACUUUGACCGUUACAUGGCCAUUCCUCAGAUCAAGCAGCUCUCCGAUAAGGUGAAACAAAUACAGGCUGAACUGGGAACACAGAUUACUGCUGACUUUGAGGAAUCUUUCCAAGGGCCCGCUGCAAAGUAUGGCCCUAGCAACCUGAAGCAGCUGGCUGAAGCAUGUUUGGUGGUCAAUGUGCUUGACCCGAAGGUAAAACGUGACAUUCUCGGAUGGUUUGUCAAGCUGCAACUCUCUGAGUACACGGUACUCUUUGCAGAGGACCAAGACGUUGCAUGGUUGGAUAAAAUCGAUAGACGUUAUGCGUGGAUCAAACGUACCUUGGUCAGUUUUGAAGAGAAAUUUGGACACAUCUUUCCUGUGGAAUGGGAAGUCAGUGAACGAAUAUGUAUUGAGUUUUGUGAAAUAACUAGGAGAGAAUUAUCCAAGGUAAUGGCUAAGCGUGCCACGGAAAUAGAUGUCAAAUUACUCCUAUUUGCUAUUCAAAGAACAAGCAAUUUUGAAUCAUAUUUAUCUAUGCAGCCAACCAAAGUUGCAAUAACCCCAGUGAUGUCCCCUACUAAUCCUUUUGAAGAAGCCAGUAGCCCUUAUGAACCUUCCAACCCAUUUGAAAACGAGAACGCAGAAUCUGUUGAGGAAACAAAGCCUCCAGUCUCACCCUUCGAUGGAAUCAUCUCCAAAUGCUUUGAGCAACAUCUGAAUAUUUAUAUAGAAUCACAAGACAGUUACUCCUCUCUUUUUGCCAGUGUCAUCUCCAACUGCAUACAGCUCCUGGUACAGGACCUCGAUUCUGCCUGUGAACCAGCCCUGACAGCCAUGAGCAAGAUGUCUUGGUCAACCGUUGAGACCGUGGGAGACCAGAGUGGUUACGUCACUGCUAUUACGUCUCACCUGAAACAGAACCUGCCAAUCAUCCGCGACAACCUUGCGUCAUCUCGCAAGUACUUCACACAGUUUUGUGUAAAAUUUGCAAACACUUUCAUUCCAAAGUUUAUUACACACAUGUACCGUUGUAAACCAGUCAGUACUGUGGCAGCUGAACAGCUACUCCUAGACACACACUCACUGAAGACUGUGCUACAGGAUUUACCAUCUUUGGGUUCACGGGUUCUGAGAAAAGCCCCCGCAAGUUUCACCAAAAUUGUCAAUAAAGGAAUGACAAAAGCAGAAAUGGUUCUAAAAAUGGUGAUGUCCCCUCAUGAGCCAGCCCAAGCAUUUGUCGACAACUACAUGAGGCUUCUCACUGAUUCGGACCUGGCAGAAUUCCAGAAAGUCUUAGAAAUGAAGGUACGUAAAUUUGCUCAUCUGUCAAACCCCUCUUUCUUGAUGACAUACAGAAAGACGUACACAUGUAUGCUUAUAUACACACACACACACACAUACAUACAUACAAACAUACACACAAUUUGUCUCUGUUAACUACAUCCCAAAGAUGAA